CCGGUAAUAAAAAUCUCUUUUGCCAACCCGUCGACACGUGCACAGGCAGUCUCUAAUCUGCGGCAAACGUUGCGAUCGCUUUUUCAUACGUCGAAGUAUCUUUCUAUCAUUAUCGGAAAUGUCUAAGAGUCUUAACGUGGGGCUUUUCGGCUGUGGCACCGUGGGUGCAGGUGUGUUUGACCUGCUGCACAGCCCCGUGCGUCGUCAGAAGUUCAUGGCCAUGGGCGUGAACGCGCUGGUGUCCAAGAUCUGCGUGCAGAACCUGAGCAAGGAUCGCGGACUUAAGCACUUCUCGGCGUCGGAGACCACGUUCACCAGCAAAUACAGCGACAUCCUUGAGGACAAGAACAUCAACUGCAUUGUGGAGCUCAUGGGCGGCGUGGAUGACGCCAAGGACGUGGUCUUCGGCGCCAUUAAGGCCGGCAAGCACGUCAUCACGGCCAACAAGGCGCUCGUGGCCAACUUCAUGCCCGAGAUCGUGCAGCUGCUGCAGGACCACCCGGAAGUUCGCUUCGGGUAUGAGGCCGCAGUGGCUGGUGGCAUCCCCAUCAUCCACACGCUGCAAAACGCCUACAACUCCGACACCAUCACGGAGAUUGCCGGCAUUAUGAACGGCACCACCAACUACAUGUUGUCCAAGAUGGAGGCCGAGGGCGUCGCUUACGACGCUGUGCUGAAGGAGGCACAAGAUCUGGGCUAUGCGGAGGCCAACCCCAGCGCCGACGUGGACGGAUUCGAUGUUCAGUCGAAGAUCGCCAUCUUGGCGAAGCUCGGCUUCGGUGGAAUUGUCAAGCCUUCGGACAUCCCGACGGUGGGCAUCUCUCGUGUCUCUGCGGCCGACUUUGAAUACGCCAAGAUGAUGGACAGCACGAUUAAGUUGCUCGGUGUGGCCAAGCAACUCACGCCAGCGGAUGAGGGGACCGGCAAGCCUCAGGAGGUGACGGUGUAUGUGUCGCCUGUUGUGGUCAAGCGUAGCAACGUCAUCGCCAGCAUCGGCGGCGCUACGAACCUCGUGAACGUGCGUUCGGACAACUUGGUCAGCAGCGCGUACGUCGGUCCGGGCGCUGGACGCUUCCCCACGGCCAACUCAGUGAUGAACGACAUCAUCCAGUUGGCUCACGGCGACGCCCCACUGGACCCGUUCAAGGCCUCGGUGCCUCUCACACUGCAGCCAGACUAUGAGGCUCACUUCUACGUGCGUCUCACUAUCACCGACGGUCUGGGCGUCAUCCGCCACGUCGGUCAAUUCGCUGAGGAGAGCGGCGUUUCCAUCUACUCGAUCCUGCAGGCGCCGAUCGUCGACCGUGCGAACGUGCAGUUCGUUGUCACCACGGAGACGUCGCUACUGUCCAAGGUGCGCUCGAUGUGCCAGAAACUCGCUGCUUUGCCCUUUGUGCAGGAGGAGCCUCUGUACCUGCCGAUCAUGAAGUAAAAACGCUGACGAGAGUGUGGCCGUAACCAGUGGACACUAAAUUGCCGAUUCAUCAAUACAUGUGUGCCAAUGGGUGGGCUUAUUCAA